CAGAUCCCAGUUCCUCAUUCAUUCAUUCAUUCGUUUCUGCUUCACUCACUUCCCAUACUAAAAACAAAGAAAGCAAACAUUUUUGCAAAUCUUCUAGUCGAUUCUAACAGCAAGAUGAAUACUACUGAGCCGUUUUCAAAAGUCGAUUGAAUGAGUUUCAGGGAGAAGAUGAUCUGCAGCAUCCUGCUGCUCAUCAUCCUGACCUCCUGUGUCUCUGGAACAUUAGUAGUGAAUGUGACCCAGACCUCCUAUCAGGCAGAGGAGAACCACCACAUCACACUGGAGUGGACCUUCACAACCAACCCUCACACUUCCUCCAACUCUCUUAAUAUCUUCUGUGAACUGUUAACUGAUCUCAAGAAUCUAGUCCUGUUUCAUCUCCAUGAAGGAGUUGAGGUCCCAGAGUCUCAGGAUGAACAGUUUGCAGGACGAGUCCAGUGGGACAAAGAUGUCCUCCGAGAAGGACGACUCAGACUUCAUGUGUCCAGACUCAGGACUAAUGAUUCAGGACUGUACCUGUGUGAUGUGCUCUCAAGUUAUGGGAGUAACUCUGGUAGAUGUUGGCUCAAUGUCACUGCAGCGAAGGAUCGGCCUGAACCUGAGACACCAAACACAACAAGUCCACCACAACCAGAGAGUCGGGGAAGGAUCGGUCUCUACUGUGGACUGACAGCAGCAGCUCUGCUGGUUGGUUGUUUCUGUUUGUUCAGAAACGUUCUGCAGAAAGAACCAGAUUCCCAUCCGAAUAUUUCCAUGGCACCAAGAUCUGGGUCCUGGGUACAGCUGUCCCUGUGGUCCUGCUACACCCUGCUACGUGCUGCGAUGCCCUGCUGUGUCCGGCUGCGUCGUGCUGCGUCCACUGCAUCCACCCACGCUCUGAUGUGCCCUGCUAUGACAUGAACUACUACGACUACUGUUGUAGUCACUGUUCCAUUAUCUUUAUUGUGACUGUUAUAUCCACUGUUCAUCACAUCCCCAACCGGCACUGAGUGGUUCAAUUUAUAAUUUAAAUGUUCAGAUGUUAUAUA